AUGGUAUCAAAGCCAGGCCCGUCCCAAUUUUUGUUACCUAUGUUGGGCCCCAUUUAUGUUGUCCACGCUCCAGUUUGCAGACCUGGGCGUGAGGGGGGUGUUGAGUUGUCCCACAUCGUGAACAAUUGUAUCCUGUCACAGGCUGCUGCAGUUCAGUCGGGGCAGAAGAUCAUGGAGUAUGGGAUGUCGAUUGUUGACGGUGAAUCAAGUCAGGGUCAGAUUCCCCGCCUUCUUGAUAUUGUUCUAUAUCUUUGUGAGAAAGAGCACGUGGAGGGUGGCAUGAUAUUUCAACUUUUAGAAGAUUUGACUGAAAUGUCAACAAUGAGAAACUGCGAGGAUAUCUUUGGUUACAUAGAGAGCAAACAAGACAUAUUGGGGAAGCCAGAACUCUUUGCACGAGGGAAGCUUGUUAUGUUAAGGACGUGUAAUCAGUUGCUUCGCCGUCUAUCAAAGGCGAAUGAUGUUGUUUUCUGUGGGCGCAUUAUCAUGUUUCUUGCUCACUUCUUCCCCUUAUCCGAGCGUUCAGGUACUUAA